AUGCCCCGCGAGAUCAUCACUAUCCAGGCCGGCCAAUGCGGUAAUUCGGUUGGUUCGGCGUUUUGGCAAACACUCUGCCAGGAACACGCAAUCUCUCCCGACGGAAACCUCGAGGCGACAGAAGAGGGAACGGACAGGAAAGAUGUGUUUUUCUACCAGUCGGACGACACACGGUACAUCCCUCGUGCGAUCCUUCUCGAUCUCGAGCCGCGAGUGAUCCAGAGCAUCCAGAACGGACCGUACAAGAACAUCUACAAUCCCGAGAACUUUCACGUUCCCAAACACGGCAGCGGCGCGGGAAACAAUUGGGCGGCGGGCUACAACAUGGGCGAAGGAGUGUGCGAGGAGGUCAUGGAGAUGAUUGAGCGAGAGGCGGACGGGAGUGAUUCCCUCGAGGGGUUUAUGCUUUUGCACAGUAUCGCGGGUGGCACUGGGUCGGGUCUGGGGUCGUUUUUGCUCGAACGGUUGAAUGAUCGCUUUCCGAAGAAGCUCAUACAGACAUAUUCCGUGUUUCCGGAUACCCAGAGCGUGGGAGACGUCGUUGUCCAGCCGUAUAAUAGCAUGUUGUCGAUGAAGCGGCUGUCGCAGAAUGCGGAUUCAGUUGUGGUGCUGGAUAACGGCGCGUUGACCAGGAUCGCAGCGGAUAGACUGCACAUCCAAACGCCGUCGUUCGCGCAGACGAAUCAAUUGGUGUCAACGGUGAUGUCAGCGAGCACCACUACGCUGCGAUACCCUGGAUAUAUGCAUAACGAUCUGGCGGGAAUCAUCGCGUCGUUGAUUCCGACUCCGAGAUGUCACUUCUUGAUGACAUCGUACACGCCGUUCACCGGUGACUCGGUGGAGGCUGGAAAGACCGUCCGUAAGACGACGGUUUUGGACGUUAUGCGUCGGCUAUUGCAGCCUAAGAAUCGAAUGGUCUUGACGAAUACGACUAAGAACAGUUGCUACAUCUCUAUUUUGAACAUUAUCCAAGGAGAGGCAGAUCCUACAGAUGUUCAUAAAUCACUUCUCAGAAUUCGUGAGCGUCGUCUGGCGACUUUCAUUCCAUGGGGCCCUGCGAGUAUACAAGUGGCCUUGACCAAGAAGUCGCCUCACAUGCCGUCCAACAACCGUGUCAGUGGUCUCAUGUUGGCCAACCACACAAGUAUAGCUACGCUCUUCAAACGUAUCAUGGCACAAUACGACCGUCUACGAAAGCGCAACGCCUUCUUGGAGCAAUACAAGAGAGAACCAAUAUUUGCCAACGAUCUUAGCGAGUUCGACGAUACGAGACAAGAGGUUGCCGACCUGAUCGCAGAGUACGAAGCAGCCGAGAGUGCGAGUUAUUUGGAUGGGCCUGCCGAACCUAGGGAACCCCCCAGAGGUGGUGGAGACGAAUAGAACCAUCGUAAUGUCUUUCAUGGGAACUUUCUUUCUUGUGUUGUCUUCGUUGUCGAUGUUACCGGUGUUUUGAUUGCUCUUCUUGAUUUGUAUUUGCUAUUUGCGGGCUGGCGAGCAUGGUGUUGUGAAUUGG